AUGAACCCUGUCAGGCCUUUGCUACAAGGCAAUGAAUGCAAGGCCUUCUACGUGGUUCUCAAAUUUUUGAACCACCUGUUCAAUUCCUUCGGACGGAUCGACUGGCUCCAUUUCAUCCCAAAGAAGGAAGACCGAUUGGAAUUUGGAUGUGAUCUGCAGACUGCAAAAACACCAUCUCUGGAUGGCAACUUUAACCAUGGAGCAUUCUUGAGUGGCGACAAGCUUCACAUGAAGAUGGACUCGGUGAAGCAGUGGCUACAGAGUCAGGAUGAUGAAUUCUAUCCCACUAUUUCGGAAUCCAUUUCCCGCGACCGCGGCAUUGAUUUUCACCCAGACCAUGUCUAUGCAUCGUUUCAAACCUGGAUGGAAAAGGUUGGAAACACAGAGCCUCUGGGAGAACCUGAGACAAAAAAUGAAGAACAACAAGAACAGGAGGAGAACGCAGAGCCAUAUAGCACCAAGAGCGAGCUCUACAAGUAUUUUGCUGGCAAAGGCCCUACAGAGAUGAUCAGCAGCUUUUUGCAUGAUGAGCGGAACAAUGGAUACGCAGUUAUUUUGUGUGAUCUGUCGCAACCACUGGAAUCUGAAUACGUGACAAACCAGGACACGAUUUGUGCAGGGCCAGAUGAAGCACUUCUAUGGGCAGGGGAGCGAGCUGCAGGAUCUUGGUUCGAAAUGAUUGUGAAAAUUGCAAUUAUCCUGCAAAGUGUGGCUUUUUCGAGACGUUUGCGCUUCACCUUGCCCAGCACUUCUCCACUACUUGAUUUGCCUCACUGGAUACAAGGUGAAUUUAAACUACUUCAUGCUGCUUGGGACUUUGGAUGCCACCUGAUGUCAGGAAUAUUGUGGGCGAACCUAAUACAUAGCUAUCGGCUUCCGCAUGCUGCAGCAGUCUACCUGUUGCCUGAUGGUGAACGUAGAGACAAGGCACUGAACCGAGUCAAACAGAUGGUGAGAACCUUGCUACGAGCAGAGCAGCAAUAUGUGACGGACAAGGUGAAGAAUUUAUAUCUGGGAAAUUGUCUGAAAGACAUUGGAUGGAAUUUCCAUCAGCUGCCAAGAGAGAUCAUGGCAUUUCUUCUUCAGGAUUUGGAUGAACAACUGUUGACGCUCUUCCACAAGUUGUACUUUGGACCAUCUACUACAAAGGAGAUCUGUGAAAGUACAUUCAGCUGGCUGCAUUACAAAGUACACAGUACAUCUCGCAACUCCGUGAUGAGUGACUGGAGCAAAUACGUUUAUUGUAUCUUGAGCCCUUACACUGCAGCUUCAGGAAUGAACCAGCUGUUGCCAGAUGAGGAUGACUGGCACAUUGUGCAAUCUGCAGCAGGGAAAGAGCUGCGAUCAACAGCAGCAAAGUUCAUGAGCAUCCAAUCAACGGAGAUGCCUGAAUCUGUUCCAGGAAUGACUGUGGAAUCUAUGGAUAAAACGUGGAGGAAGGCUGGCGUGUUGAGUGAUGAACGCUCAAUUGCUGCUAUGGCGUACAUUUUGGAAGAGGAGGACAACGAAUGGAGCCAUAUUUCAAUGCAUUGGACAGGCGUUCUGCUGGUUCAUGGAGAAGUAUACUACCACAAACCCACCGGAACCUACCUCCUGGCAAUGGGGUGCCGAACCUGGUGUGCCUUUGGGCUACACAUGGAGAAGGUCUCUGCUCAAGGGAAGGACUUUCUUGUUGUGAAACCUCAGCAAGCUAUUCCGAUGAUCAACCACGCAUUUGAUUCCAGCAGUCCUUGGCAACAUGUUCCAGUGCAGAGAAAGCUACCAGCUACGAUGGACAUCACGUUGCAUGUUGGAACAGCAGUUGAAAUUCUUGCGCGAGAGGAUGAUGGGGAAUUUUCUUUGCUGAAGGCAGCGAUACAGGCCAAAGUGUUUCUUCUUGCGGAGCACCUGAAAACAAUCACUGCCCACCUUAAAUUGGAAAUCCCUCGGUUUCCGAAUGGAUCUGGUGCAAAGGGAUCUGUGAUUAAGGUGGAUCAUGCUCGUGCACUUGUGCGCUUCCUGUUUGCUACGCAGAGUCGAGAAGAUCAAGAAAAACUGGUGAAUUUCUUGGCUCCUCCACCGAAAAAAAAAACUGUACCGGAUGCAGAUGUAGAUGAGGACUCAAUGGUCUUGGCAAUGAUUGCUCAGCUAGACCCUGAAAAUGCAUGCGCAUUUGAGAAGAUGGGCCUCCUUGCAAAAGAAAAAAUUGCAGAGACGUACCGACAAGAGGGCGCAGAGAAGCUAAAGCAGAAUGUCCGAGAACAACAAGACUUGGCCGCGCAGAAAAGGGAACCGCUGCUACAUCCAGGCAAGGAUGCUCCAGAGGAUGCUCUUGAUGAGAAAGAACCUAGCAAGAAGAAUGCUGCAUCAGGGUCUGAGCAUCCUGAUCAACCUGAUGCGCAGAAAAAACAAAGAACAUCAACAACUCCGCCUACUCUCAAGUCCCUGUUGCCACAUCAAGGCGGCAAAUUAGCGAAGGAGGUGUGGUGGAACAGCUUGCAUCCUGACAUGAAGGAGGAUCGACCUCACGUUUUUGUCAUCCACGAUUUUCUCAAAACGAAGAUUUUGCCCCAGAACGAAGAUUCGGCGGGUCCGGCUUCAGAAGAAAAAAGGUUGGCAAAGACCAGAUUGGAAAUGGCCGUGGCAUCCAUGCUCGAGUGUUCAAUGAGGUGGCUAGACUUUCUGGGGGGCGCUGCAUGGGGCUUGGUGCUCGACCGGAAUCCUUCGCCGGUGGUCGAGUGCCUUUGCCGUUGUGAGUGCGAGGCGUUGCCUUGCCCUGCGUCUAGUUGGUGGUGGGAGCUGCUUAAGAUUGGGAUCAGCAUCAUUCUGGGUUGUAUCAUCCAGGGCUGCCAGUUGAUUCAUCGCUUGGGGCAGUGGAAGAGGCCUCACGCGGUGAGUGACCCAAGCCUUGGGCGAGCUGAGACUGAAGUGAACCCGACCAAGAGCUCAACUGAUACAAUUCCAAUGGAGGUGCUUGCUCAGCAGCAAUUGCAAGCCCUCCGGAAGAAGCAGCUGAUCCUGGCCACUUGUGCUUGUGGACGUGGCUGGCACAUCAUCUUGACCCCAGACGGGGACAUGUACCCCGAGCUUAUUUCUUUGGAGAACGAUGACAUCACUGGAUUCCGUGUUUCCCACAAUGGCGAGCUUCCACAUGGCCUCACAGAUGCCAUCUCUUACCGCAUCCGUCAGCUGCCUGAUGCGGCAGCCAUGCAGCAAUUGAGGCUGGAUGCUCGUCACGCUGCAGCCGCCUUAGCCUUUCCUCCUGGAGCGGGGCCUCAGGUGGCCGCGCCACCCAUGGCUGCCCCUGCGGCAGUAGCGGGUGACGCUGCCCCCGGCAAUGUGACUUGGGUUGUGAUUGAGACAGAGGGCAACAGGCAGCGUGGUGAGACAGUUGGUUUGGAUGGUAGUGAGAUCAUCCAAGGCAAUAUCGGGCUGAAGAAUUUCAAUGGGACAUGGGCUGCCAUUAGACGCCUUCAGGCUGAUGAGGUGGAGAAGUAUCCUGGGAAAGAGGCUUCGGCAGACGCGCGUUUGUUGGGCUUGGAAUUUCAGGGCCUUUCUCGUGAUGAGAGGAUUUGGAGAGAUGUGGCAAAAGAUUCAAAGCAGGAGGACCUUCCUGACUGGACAGUUCCAGGACCAAGGACGUCUGGCUGGUGUGUGAAAUAUCUCAACAGAAAAAGUGGUGGGCCUCCAGAUCACCACAAGUGGUGGGUUUCAACGAAUGGGCUGCAAGCAGAUUCAUGGGGAGUGGCGGAGCAUGAGAACCUCAUGAAGAUUGUGGAUCGCUUAGGGCGGUAUGACGGGUUGGAUCUUGCGAACCUGGCUGGCGUUGAGCUCCUUUUCAGACGCCUUCAGCUGAUUGAAUAUUUUUGGUCAGAGAAGGGCCCUGGAGGUGGCAAAGCUGGUGGAAAGGGGAGCAAGGAUAAGAAGUCAUACGAUUUGUCGUAUCGUGCAGAAGCUGCUGUAUUCAGUGGAACUCAUCGCGAAUACGGCGAUGUGAUGAUCGCUCCGGAUCUUUUGGAAUACGUAUCCAAAGAGAUUGAAAAGGAUGCUUCCAUUAUGAAACAAGUCCGCAAGGCCCGUGAGGAGCGGGGAGCCUUGUCGGAGCUCCGGGCCUCAAUGGGCUAUUCUGGAGAACCAGCUAGCCUUGCCAAUUUCCGUUUUGACCUUGUGAAAAGGGGAAUUGAGUAUCAGCAGUUCGUUCGUCGUCUUCACAAUGCCAAUCUGAUCGACUUCCGCCUGUCCAUUCGAGAAGAGGCCGGCCUGUUUGUGGUUUGGAAGAAAUCUGGUAAACAGUCCCUGGUGCAGCCGGAGCUUCAGCUCGUGAAGUUGAGCGAAGUCUCAGUGAACGAGGCUUGCCCACUCAUGCUGUUGAGGAAGGGGUGCUCGCGACUGAUGCGUCACACUGGGGCCGUGGGGUCGGGCUUUGGUCUGGGCAGUCCAGCACCUGGCCAGGCUGGCGGGAACCGGAAGCAGCAGAAAGUGACCAAAGCUGCAAACCGGAUAGCCCAGCAUGGGAAUCAACGCCUCCCAGCUCCCAAGGACAUUCACACCAGAACAUUCUUGGAAGAAAAGACUAUCACGAUACCCCGCAUGAAAUCAUACGAAGUGGCUUGGGAAAGACUCACGCAUUUUGCCAAACAACAGAAGUAUCCAAUGAGCACAUUGGAGCAGGUGGAUGCGGCAGCAGCUUGGUGGAUGGAUGUCUUGUUCUUCGAAGGGGAAGGGGUGUCCGGGGCAAUGACCAUGAUGGCAGCAAUCAAGCACAUGAGAACAGAUGUCCCUCGCUUGAAUGCCCUGGUCAGAUGCAGCAGGGCUCUCCGAUCCUUUCGUCGUCUUGCACCACCCCAGGCCAGAGUGCCAAUUCCGUAUCCAAUGCUUGCCCAGAUGAUCAUGCACAUUGUCAGCCAGCUCAACCAGCCAAUGGUGGGGGUGCACCUUGCCCUCACUUGGAGCCUGUGUUGCCGCCCCGGAGAAUCCCCGAAGUUGAAGUACCGCCAGCUGGUGGCUCCAAACCAAGUCAGCAGGAGGUGGUCAGUGAUCCUUUCAGAGAGCUCUCCAAUCGAAGGCAAGUCACAACCCUCAAAGACACACGAGCUGGACGAGGCAGUGAUGAUAGACCAUCCUUACAUGCAGUGGUUGGGGGUGGUUCUAAAACAUUUGAAGAGCAAGGCGAGCUCAAGCCAGAGCGUGUUCGAUUUCGACAUGGCCCAUGUGACCAAGCAUUGGCAUCUGGCUGCAGACGCAUGUGGUUUUCAUCCACAUGGAAUCCAGUGUGUGUACCAGAUCAGGCAUGGUUCAGCAUCAACAGACCGGCUCACUCAACAGAGGUCGGUCGAAGAGUUGAUGAAGCGCGGCCGUUGGAAGAGCCUCAGCAGUCUCCGCCGCUACGAGCAGGGUGGGAGGCUCUCCCAGGUCUUUGGCAGCCUCAGUGCAGUGCAGCAAAAAGCAGCCCUCAAGGCAGAAAAGCAGCUGCCCAGUACUUUGGCCCGUUGCGUUGGAUGCUCAAAGCUCCCAAACGCAGUUGUUGAGAUUGACAUUGAAACUGACCCUCAGCAUGACUUGUCAAAACGUGCUCUCCAGAACUUCCUUGUUUUGUUGAUUAAGCUUGACAAGAUUGCUGCAGUGUGGUCAGAUGAACAGCUUUGGGGUCUCAGCGGUUUGUCACUCAAAGAUAAAGAAAGGGUGCUCACUUGCCACAUCGACUUCAGUUUGGUGCCUCGCCUGUGUACAAGUCAUAAAGGGAUUUGCAGCCACACCAACAAACCCCAUGUGCAGCUAUGCGGUCAACAGUAUGGUCAGUUCCUUACCCUACUUGCCCAGCCUUACCCCAAAAAGUUGUGCAAUCGUAUUGCUACUGUUUUCCAUAGUGCCAUGUUGGAAAGUUUGUCUCGGCCCAUGAUGAAACUGCUUGGUUUCUAA